CAUGUGGCCGGGAACAGCUCCACGCUACAAACCCCAUGAUGGCCGCCUCCGUUUCUGUCACCGAGCUCGGCUUCGUGCAAGAAUGCGAACCUUGGCGGCUGCGUAGUCCCCAGUUCCCCAGUAAAGUAGGGGGGCGACCAGCCUGGCUGGGUGAAGUGGGGGUCCCCGGACCUGAAAGGCUGCAGUGCGGAGUUUGCAUGAAGCCCCUGGCUCUCCUUGUCCAGGUAUACGCGCCCUGUACUGGCAGCUUUCAUCGGACCGUCUUCCUGUUCACCUGCCGGGACCCCACGUGCCACCGGGUGGGCGAGAGGCGCGGCUAUAAAGUGUUUAGAAACCAGCUGCCAAGGAAGAAUGAUACUUACUCUUACGGUCCACCUCCGGAUUCACACCCACAGUCUGAAGAAUACUUUACAAGCUUUCAGUUGAAAUGUGGACUUCGGCUCUGUAGAGUAUGCGGCUGCCUGGGGCCCAAGUCAUGCUCGAAAUGUCAUAAAGUGAAUUACUGUGACAGAGUGCAUCAGCUAAUGGACUGGAAGGCGCAGCACAAGGUGCUGUGUGGUCCGCAGUUUGAUGCACACCGAGUUGAGGUUGCAGAUCAUGGAUUUUUAUUUCCAGAAUAUGAGCUUCUUACAGAAGCAGAAGAGCUGGAUUCUGAUGCAAGUCUGGAUGAUGAUUCCACAAUGAGUCAAAUGGAUAUGGAGUCAUCGACAUUAAAUUCGUCAUCAAAUCUUGAAUCUUCUAUGGACGAAUUGAAGUUAAAUGAAGAUGAAUUGAAUGCAAUUGCAAAGCAUGAGAGUGAAGAAGACAAGGCUUUUAGCAGGUUCAAAAAGCGGAUUUCAAUUGAACCUGAGCAGGUCCUCAGGUACUGCAAAGGUGGUGAACCUCUGUGGAUUUCUCUUCAAAAUGUUCCAGCAGAAAAUGAUAUCCUUAACUGUGGAUGUGGAGCCAAAAGGGCUUUUGAAUUUCAGGUAAUGCCUCAACUACUGAACCAUCUGAAAGUGGAUAGCCUUCAGAAGAGCAUUGACUGGGGAGUCCUGGCAGUCUAUACUUGCUCUGCUAAUUGCAGUGCGGAAACACAUUAUGUCGAGGAGUUCCUGUGGAAGCAAGAUGUGCCAGGAGACACGAUUUAAAGUGCACAACAGCUAUAGUUAUGUGCUAUCUAAAUGGACAUUGCCUUUUGGGGUAGAUCUGUUAAAUGGUUUGACAAAGACUUGGUUAAUUUUCACAAAGAUUCAUGUGAUUGUCCCACAAGUCACAAUGGAGACCUCCUUUACAAAGUUGUAGAUAACUAACAGUUUAUUAGAGGUGAGUUAAAGAGGACCUUUCACUAGAAUAAAAAA